UAAAUUUGGUACACAAGUUCAUCAAAAUAUUUGUACAAGCUUAGCUAGCUAGUUAAUUACUAAAAAUGUUUGGAUCUAAGGUAAUUUCUUUUUUAGUUUUGUUCAAUGUAGUGUUUUUCACUUGUGCUUCAUCUCAUAAUAUACCAUGCCCUCCAACACCAACAAAAGCACCAUCCAAGUGCCCCAAAGAUACCCUAAAGUUUGGUAUUUGUGGAGAUUGGCUUGGGCUAGUUCAUGAAGUCAUUGGGGCAAAACCAAGUAGCAAAUGUUGUGCUCUUUUAGAAGGAAUAGCAGAUGUUGAAGCUGCUUUGUGCUUAUGCACUGCCAUAAAUGCCAAUGUUUUGGGUGUCCUUAAGCUUAAAGUUCCUAUAGCCAUCAGUGUAGUUCUGAAUUCUUGUGGAAAGAAAGUGCCUAAAGGCUUUAAAUGUGCUUAAUCAGUGGCGUAUACAGGAUUUUACGCAAGCAGUGUCGAUCUAUUAUCUCGACUUUGUAAAUGAGUUUGAGUCUAAAAUUAUGUUGGUCGUCUUGUGGCUUUUGUUCCUCACAAAUUGUUAGUAUUUACUUUGUAUUAUUUUCAAGCGGUAUUUGUUUUACUAUAUGUAUAUGUAUCGUUCAAUUUAAAUACAUAUUAUUUUUAAAGCGAUGUUAGAUAA